AAAAACCACCACCCCUCAUGACAGCCAGUGACCCUACAAUUGCAAUGCCAGCCGUUACGUUCUCAGAAACCGGCAUAUCCCUUCUUAUAGGCUGCUAUCAGACCCCUGUUGGUGCUAUCAACGGACACACCCACCGACUUCGAAUUCGUUUCCGCGCAUCUUCCUGACGCAACCUGUGCUUACAUCGACGUCGACGCGCAUUUUCCUGCCGUGGUGGCAUCAGCAAGACUCGUAUUCCAUGCGCCAACCACAUCGACCAUUGCAUCAUCCAUCAAGGCACAUUUAAACGGCUUCACUGGAAACUUCACCAUCAGUGGGCACUCGAACAGCACUCUCGGCAUGGCCCGUAACCUCUGCUUCUGUCCUGUGCAGGUCCCUAUCGCAGGUCCCUCGAGAGCGUAGUCUUGGCGAGUUCUGCCUUCAGUUUUCACCGUGGUGCUUGGAAACAAGGAGCGUGCAGGAAUGGGAUUUCUGACGGCGCUCGCACAGCGGUUCGCUGUUCGGGCUUGCAGCCACCUCGCCGGCGCAUCACACCCCCCGCUGCGCCAGACCACGCUGGGACAAGCCGCCGCUGAAGCGGCGGAGAAGUGGGCCGACCGAACGGCCCUGCACUUCCCUGCUGAGAACGUCUCGCUCAGCUAUGGAGAGUUCCUCGAACAGGUAGAGAGUGUGGCUCAGGGUCUACUUUCCUUCGAUCUGGAGCCGGGAUCUCGGGUAGGCAUCCUGUCACCUACUUGCCACAGAUAUAUCGUGUGCCAGUUCGCCGCGGCCAAGGCUGGACUCACUUUGGUUCCUAUAAACGACAGGUGCCACGCCCAUGAACUAGACUCGGCGUUGAAAAGGACUUCUUGCAGUGUACUUCUUGUUGGCCGAGGUUUCAAAAAGAACGACUACGCGCAAUGGGCUCGGGACCUGGUUCGGAACAACAGAGCGCCGCUUUCCUUAGAGAGGUACCCUGCCCUCAAGUACAUCAUCUCGUUGGACAACGCAGCUGAUGACAGGGGCGUGAUAUGUUUCUCAGAGCUGCUUUCCUUGGGCCAGGGCCGAACAUGGCGGCUGAGAAGCGUUAGUCCAGACCUUCACUCGGUGGCCUGUAUGCUCCACUCUUCGGGGUCCACGGGCACGCCGAAGAUCAUUCCGUUGAGCCACUUCAACUUGGUGAACGCAUCUCACUUGUUCGGCCACAUGACAGGUUUUGAAGCCGAGCGGAGCGUGAUGUGCUGCGCUUUGCCACUGUACCACGCCUUCGGACACAUCAAUUUCUCCAUCUACGGCAUAUUGGAGGGCAUGACCACCGUGUACCUGGCGCCCGGUACCACGGCCGCUCACGUGCUGGCGUGCAUUGAGCAGUACAGAUGCACUACUAUACAGGGAACACCCACUCUCUACCACGACUUGCUCGACUGCCCGGAACUCGAAAGCCGGAAUAUCAGCAGCCUGUGCGAAGGGCUCGUCGGAGCAACGAGCUUACAGCGGCCGGCCCUGGAGAAGAUCGCCCAGAAACUCCGUAUUCGCCGCCUGUUGAUGGCGUACGGUCUGACGGAGACGGCCGGCCCGGUUGCAGUCGGCCAAUACAACGAAGGCGGUUAUCGGCCGCUGCCGCACACCGAGUUCCAUUUGCGCGCCAAUGAACUUCAUGUGCGUGGACCCACGGUGUUCGCCGGCUAUUUUGAUCACCACGAGUCCGGCCUCCUGCCUGAUGGCUGGCUGCCCACUGGGGACCAGGCGAAAUUGACGGAGACAGGCUUGCUGUACAUCCGCGGCCGUAUCAAGGACCUGGUCAUCAAAGGCGGCGUCAACAUCAGCCCCGAAGAAAUCGAGAUUGCGCUAACUGAGCACGAGUCCGUGGAAGAGGCUAGCGUGGUGGGCGUGCCCGAUGAGCGGCUGGGCGAGGAGCUGUGCGCCUGGGUGCGGCUGGUGCCCGGCGUGGCCGGCAGCACCACGGAGCAGCAGCUGCGUGACCACUGCAAGCGCAGGGUGAACAGCCUCAAAGUGCCGAAGUACAUCGAGAUUGUCGACGACUUUCCGCGGACCAGCGUCGGGAAGAUCUCCAAGCCAGACAUACGGAGUGCGAUGGCACGAAAGCUGGGCGUGCAGUCCUGAGCGCUGACCACAGUGCAUUCUGCGAGACCUAGCGAGGCAUAGCGUUUAGUUGUACCGCAAUGGCGGCCUGACUUAAGCACUUUCGAUAUUAUUGUACUCGUUUUGGGUAACAGGGCCGCUCCUGACUGGGUGGUUGUACUGCUACUCACACUACAAAACUACUACAAAAGUUUAGUGGCAGUAUUCCAAAAGCCAGAAAAGAAAAUGGUUCUUCAACAGCAAACCUGAAUGGAAAAAAUAUCGCGCUGUCACACUCACAUAAUAAUGACAAUUAACAUCUAAGAAUACAAUAUAAAAUGGAGUGCUCUGCCUUAUUUAAAAAAUCUGCAUUCUUGAGUGCUUUUAGGCGUACUUAAGGUGCAUGGGACCUGAAUGACGCUUCUUUAUCUUAUUUAGGCGCCACAUCGUAAAUACAAAGAGCUGACUUCCAUGAUGGCCUGUAUUCUUAUGCAUCUAUUUAAACAUGAAUGUUCCUGUAACCCACACAACCACAGCUUGGUAAAAUAAACUUUACACAACUGAGGCAGUUCACGUGCAGUAGGGAUGAAAGUGAACAACGGUGUUGGGGCUUUCUGUCUGUAGCUGUAAGGUCUAGUAAUUUUCCUGUCUUGAGGAAUUCAGGGUCAGCAUUGGAGACCCUUUACGUCAUACCUAAAAGUGCUAUGAUUGGGAAAAAAAGAGUUCGCUCUUCAGUAAACCUUUUCGGAACCUCUACCUGCGUUUAAAGGAUGGGAGAAACUAUUGGAAUAAAUCCGACCAACGUUGUAUUCCAUGCGAGAAAAACAAAAUCGACUGUGCCUAUGUUCAAGAAAGCAGAUUUGCUGCGAAGUGAAAAAGAAUGACGAAUAUGGAUUGUAGGUAAUACAGUGGGGUAGAGGCAGGUAGGGACAACCUCUCAGAAAACUGAAUCUGAUUUUCUGAGGGUUAGGGGGAAUUAGGUUACACACGCCCCAUCAAGCGCAAGUCUAUCUAAUCUGUGGUUUCUGGAUACAUUAAAUCCUACCUAAUUACUUAGCCUGGCAGUCGAAUGCUCUCGUCGACGAAUCAGAUGUAUGCGGUAAGGGACAAAGGCGGCAAUAUCAUUUCUAAUAUGGAUGAGAUAGUUCAAGUGGCUGAGGAGUUCUGUAGAGAUUUCUACAGUGCCAGUGGCACCCACGACGAUAGUGGAAGAGAGAAUAGUCUAGAGAAAUUUGAAAUCCCACUCGCAACGCCGGAAGAAGUAACGAAAGCCUUGGGAGCUAUGCAAAUGGGGAAGGCAGCUGGGGAGGAUCAGGUAGCAGCAGAUUUGUUGAAGGAUGGUGGAGAGUUAUUCUAGAAAAACUGGCCACGAUGUAUACGCAAUGCCUCAUGACCUCGAGCGUACCGGAAUCUUGGAAGGACGCUCACAUAAUCCUAAUCCAUAAGAAAGGGGACGCCAAAGACUCGAAAAAUUAUAGACCGAUCAGCUUACUGUCCGUUGUCUACAAAGUAUUUAUUAAGCUAAUCGCAAAUAGAAUCAGGAACACCUUAGAAAUCCUGCCUGGUCCAGUCAACCAAAGCACCAGGCAGGAUUUUGUAAAGGCUACUCAACAAUAGACCAUUUUCACACUAUAACUCAGGUGAUAGAGAAAGGUGCGAAAUAUAACCAAUUCUUAUAUAUAGCUUUCAUUGAUUACGAGAAAGUGUUUGAUUCAGUCGAAAUCUCAGCAGUCAUGGAGGCAUUACGGAAUCAGGAUGUAGACAAGCCGUAUGUAAAAAUACUGAGAUAUCUGUAACUGCUUCACAGCCACCGUAGUCCUACAUAAAGAAAGCAACAAAAUCCCAAUAAAUAAAGGUGUCAGGUAAGUAGAUACGAUCUCUCCAAUUAUAUUCACAGUGUGUUUACCUGGAGUGGGAAGAAUUGGGGAGAACAAUUAAUGGAGAAUACCUUAGUAACUUGCGAUUCGCUGAUGAUAUUGCCUUGCUUAGUAACUCAGGGGACCAAUUGCAAUGCAUGCUCACUGACCUGGAGAGACAAAGCAGAGGGGUGCGUCUAAAAAUUAAUCUGCAGAAAACUAAAGUAAUGUUUAACAAUCUCGGAAGAGAACAGCCGUUUACGCUAGGUAGCGAGGCACUGGAAGUGGUAAGGAAAUAGAUCUACUUAGGGCAGGUAGUGACCGCUGAUCAGGAUCAUGAGACUUAAAUAAUCGGAAGAAUAAGAAUGGGCUGGGGUGCGUUUGGCAGGCAUUCCCAGAUUAUGAACAGUAGGUCGCCAUUAUCCCUCAAGAGGAAAGUGUAUAACAGCUGUUUUUUACCUGUACUGACGUACGGUGCAGACACCUAGAGGCUUACGAAAAGGGUUCUACUUAAAUUGAGGACGACGCAACGACCUAUGGAAAGAAGAAUGAUAGGUGUAACAUUAAGGGAUACGAAAAGAGCAGAUUGGGCGAGGGAACAAACGCGAGUUAAUAAUAUCUUAGUUAAAAUCAAGAAAGAGAAAUGGGCAUGGGCAGGACAUGUAAUGAGGAGGGAAGAUAACCUAUGGUCAUUAACGGUUACGGGCUGGAUUCCAAGGGAAGGGAAGCGUAGCAGAGGGCGACAGAAAGUUAGGUGGGCGGAUGAGAUUAAGGAGUUUGCAGGGACAACAUGGCCACAAUUAGUACAUGACCGGGGCAGUUGGAGAAGUAUGGGAGAGGCCUUUGCCCUGGAGUGGGCGUAACGAGGCUGAUGAUCAUGAUGAUGAUGAUGAUGAUCAUGAUGACUUAGUCUGGCGCAUCCCCGCUCGUGCGCAAAAUUUGGCGGAAUGCCUACCAACCACGGAUUUUAUCUCAAUCCACCUCACCGCAUACGCGACGUGAGGCAGUCCUAUUGAUGCGUGAACAAACGCCCUCUCUACUGACUCACCACAUUCAGAACUUUAUGGAGGGUAAGGCAUGGUUUCAAUCUCAUUUGAGUGGCUUGCCGUGAUUUCUUUAAUAAUCGCAACGUUCAAUGGGAUCGUUUGGUUAGCUACGUAGCCAAGCCUUUUCAGGCGAUCGGCCUUGCUGCUCGACUGGGGAGGCCUCCUUGCUCUUACUUCUUCAGUUCCCCUUACUCCAAUCUGCGCAGUGCUUCAUUGUGUGGUCCACACAAUGACAGAAAGUUAGGUGCUGCACUUUUCUCUUCAGUUUCUUUCUUUAAAGUCACUUGCUAAUACUACUACGCGUAGGCAUCUCAGGCAUCUACCUACAACACGCUAAUCCGCGACCCAGGAGGAGGGGCUGGCGGGCUUCUACCAUACAUCAGGAGCACACUGCUCGAACACGUUAAAACACAGGGCUCCCCUGAAGACUUGGCCUUGCUUUCCUCGACAUACCUGAACUGAGGUUUUGUGGUAAAUAAGGUUGUUCUCUCUCA